GCAUUUUCCUCCACAGAACCAGUCUAUGCUUGCCCUCCGCACACCUUGGAGUAGUUAGAUCAUCACGAAUAACCGAACAUGACGCAAACUCAUUCUCAACGAGGGUUAGCCCUAGCAGCCGCGAUCAGAGCUAAGCAGAACUGGCCUGUAAAGCUGCUUGAUGAGCAACGCGGGGUGGACCAGAAAUGGGCGAACGAAGGGAAGUUGCUCCAUCAAAUCGACCCGGACGAUGUGGAUCGUACCAUAAGAGAGCUCAAGCGCGAGGCAUCGCGCAUAUUAUCGCUCGAUCCCGUCAUCCGUAACGAGAUAAACAUACCCGCCGAUACAUAUGACUGGACCGCGAUCGAUGCCGAUAUUGAAGCAGCACGCGAGCGUAUGAGGCAAUUCAAGUAUGCAGUCCGAGAACCGGCAUUGAAGGAGCAUGUGGGAGUACGGACUGCAGACGAUCUUGUUCCGCCCAGUUUGCAUCGUGUUUUGGAGGGAGAGCUAAACAGGUUGGCGGAUGUGGGAGUGAAGGAUUUCCAUCCUGGGAGUGAUGGCAAGGUGCAGGACUUGAUCCAUCCUUCGUUAUAUCCUUAUGUCCGAGGCAUAACUCGAAUCCUCGACACUCAUCAUCCCCUCAAUCACGCGGAGAUAUUUCAGACUGUCACACGCUAUCCCGUUGACGAGUACAGCGAAGGCAUGACGGAGCAUAAGAGUACAUAUGCGUGGCUUCCAUCCCUCUUUGCCAUCUCAGACGAAGGGAAAGUUACCAUUGACUCGCCUAUCAACGCUCUUGGUCCACGUUUCGAACAUCCCGCUUUGUACAAAGCUCUGGAGAGAUUAUUCGAGCUCGCUCUUCCACAAAUCGAGGAGUCGAUGUUCUACCAGUGGAAGUAUGAGACGUCCCCCUCUUUCCGAAGAUGGGAGGAGCGCUCAGAGGAGCGGCAGAGUGGUGAUAUAAAGAAAUUGCAAGAAAAAAUUGAAGAGCAAAAGAAGGAGAAAUCACUAGAGAAUCAGACCCGAGCGGAACGGGAACGCAUCAUGAAGGAUGAAAUGGAGUGGGAGAAGCAAGGAACUGGCUUGGGCGGUUUACAGGAGAAGAGCAAGUUUGCCGGGAAGAAGUUAAAAGUGAUCGUAAAGGCUGCCAACUACGUUCUUCUGCCUGGACAGGAAUAUGAGGGUUCUUGGCAUGUAGAGGGGGCGCCCCACGAACAUAUUCGGGCAUCCUUGAUCUACUACUACUCCUGCGAUGCCGAUAUUUCCGACAAGGGAUUAUCAUUUCGCAGGCUGCGAACCGAAGAGGAUCAACCAAACUGCGCGAAAGAGCACGGGUCAGAUUUCGACAUGUGGAAUCAGGAGACGGACGACUCCUAUACCGACUAUCCGAGCGACAUAGAGGAUGUCAAUUCCUACCCUUAUACUCUUCCGAGGAACAUUGAACUGGGAACUGUCUCUGCGACAGGGAUUGAUACAGAAGGUGGAACGAGGACCGGAAGGAUGCUAAGUUUCCCGAAUUGGCUACAGCAUCAGGUCACCGGUUUGAAGAAUACUAGAGCUGAGGGCAAUUCUCCCGCAAUGCGGAAAAUUCUCUGCUUCUUUGUUGUGAACGAGUCUUGGCCCACACUUGAAAAUGAGGUAGAGUUGCACUUCCCGGGAUUCGUCUACAGUGGUCCACACGUCGGACCGAAUGCCCCUCCUGUCCUGACAACAGCCAAUGUCUUGCCUCAGCAACGCUUCCGCAUCUUUCCAUAUGUGUACAAUGUGCUAGACAUGGUCUGCAAGCGCACCACAGGCGGGCGCGGCUUGCCGAUCGAACUGGCAAUCUAUGUCUGCGAUCUUGCAGAUGCGGGAAUGACUAGAGCGGACGCGGAGGAGCAUCGGAGGAGGUUGAUGGACGAUCGGAAGGCGGCUGAUAGGAAGGUGAACAGGGUGUGGGAGGAAUCAUAUGGAUUGUGCGAGCAUUAGAGGAUGAUUUGCAUAUACUUUUCAGGGAUGAAUAUGAAUUGGU